AUGCUAGAAACGAGAGUCGCGCCAAAUAGGACGCGCGAGGGAAUUUACGCAGCUGUCAAUGACAAUCGGGUCUUCUGUACUUGGCACUCUCUCUCCGCAUUAUGCCCGCCUUUUAACAUGCUCGAUUUUUUCAACCUCGACAUCAAGUACCCAAUAUCCAACUACCACGCGUCAACAGCAAAGGGCAAGCCAGUCCCCGAAACUUCGAGGCCUCCUUCCUUGCGACCCAGAUCUCCUCCUUGCUCACGGAAACGCGUUUCGCAAGCCAGUUUUGCUGUAUCCCAUUCACCUCCAACAACAGACUCGGACGUGGAACGGGUUUUCAAGCGCCGGAAGGUACUCGGCUCAUCUCCACCGAGUCCUACUGAUAGCUAUGCUUCCUCGGACUCGCUGGAAGAACCUCUAAUAUUCCAAACACCCUGCGAGUUCGAGUGUGACGAUGACCUUGCCAUUGCUGCUAUCCUCGAUGAGCACGCCCACAUCCACAUUCCAGCGAUGUCCACACCAGAGAGGGCACCCGUACUGCAGGAAGGGUGUAGUCCAUGGUUGAAGAGAGCUGUGAGCCUUACUCGGCGAGACGAGGACUAG